CCACUGUAAACAACGCGCCCUGCCACACUGAGGUGAAGAGCGAACAAAACAGCUAUGGCUUUCUCCAACACCGAGUAUUUCGACCAGAUUGGGAAUAUUCAAAAGACCAUGCACGAACGGGAGAGAAGGAGACAUGAGUUGGAAGAAAAACUGUUUGCCUACUUAAGAUCAGAGGAAAGAUUGACUAAGUUGAAGUGUGCCAAGAUGCGCUGCUAUUACAAGGAGCUGCGCGAGAGAGAGCAGCAAGCAAAGACGCGCAACCUUGAGCUUCUUGAGAAUGUGGAGAACUUGGCAUCAAAAAUGAAAGAAUUCUCCAUUGAUUGUAGCAGGCUGCUUCAAAAGAGGUUGGAAUACAAGACGCAUAUUACCAGACUGAAGAAAGACAGGAAGAAAAUGGGGAGCAGGGGGGAAUCAGAAGCGGACGAGCUCCCGAGCAGGUUCCAGCCUCCCAGCACACAGGGAUCAUCACAGACUGCUGUCAUCUUCACAGGUCACCAGACCUCCAACGGCUCAUCAAGAAAUGAUGGCGUCACAACCACACGUUCACCAUCUCAGACAGAGCUGAUACCUAAUCAUCCUUCACUCUCUCCUCUACAAAGUGGCCUUUGUAUGCACUCCCAUGUUUCAAAAGCCAGUGCCACUGCCUUUAUAUCUGAUGACAUUCUAAACUCAGGUGAUUUCCUUGAGGGCAGACAUUUGAGUGACGUGCAUGAAAAGCAGAUGGAGUCUGAUUGGGACAACUCUCAGAGGGCAGGAGAGCAGCAUAGAUGGGAAGAACUAAACUCACCUCACAUGACCCUGAAGGAAGCUGAAGUGUCCUCUCAAUCUGUGGCCACGAAGAUGCCUGAAGACAUUGUGUCAUUAAAGCGGUACCCGACCCACAGUCCUUCCCCAGACACCACUGAUCCAAGAGAUUCCUCACAGUACAUGAACUCUAGAGAUGAGGAUGAGGAAGUGUCUGCAGAGGAUGAAGGUGACUCCACAUCAAGACACCAAGAUCUUUUAGAUCACACUAACAGCAGACAUCACGCUUUGAGAGGAGAUGUUGUAAUUCAAGAGCAGAGUGCAGUACACAUUCGGACCAACAGUGGCACACACGAGCAGGUCAACAGACUGAAAUCUAGAAGGCCUGAUUCUCUCGAAUCCCCCAACAGGCUUUCCGUGGAAGAAUUUUGUCAUCUGCUGGACAGCGUUGAGCGACGUCUCGGUGCUAAAGAUGUGAACCUCUACAGAAGCACAGUCAAUGAGCAGAAACUCAAUGAUAUCAUCAGUAUAUGUGGUCAGUGUGGGCGUCUGGAUGGUGUGGAACUACAUGCGUGUGGUGCUGUGGUUCUGCAGCAGCUGCCCCUGUUGUCCUGCAGUCAGUCUCAGGGAUGCCUCUUACCCAAUGAUCUGAUCAACACUCACUGGUCGUCAGCUACAAAACCAGAACAGAUCAGGUCAUGUCUGUCAGCUGAAAGCGCUCUGCUGUGGGACUGCUGUUUCAAACACUUCUUACAGCUUCAGCAACAGAAAAUCCUCAGCACUGACCACAUCAUCCAGCUCUUUACUCCACUCCUAGUGCCAAACAAUGCCACCUACACUGAGAAGGCAGGAGAGCUGUUAAAGAGGCUUCUCACCCACAAAUCGGAGACCCGUGAGCCGUCAGAAAGCGAACUGUCAUCUUCUUGCAGCUUGCCCUCUCUUCUGGAUGACAGUGUGGAAAUCAAGCCCGCCAGGCCUUCCAAAACAAAUGAGCAAACUGUUGGAACAGGAGGAAUUCAAAGUGCUGAAGAGGACAGUGCCGACCAAAGCCCAGUGGAAAGUAUUCCUAUUAGAGAGACCAAAGCAUAUCAGCUGCUUAAACAGUCUGUGGCACAAGAGAAGCACUGGAGUGACUCGGAGGAAGAGGAUUCUGAGCCGUCAGACAUCAACAAAUUGGAGAGGUCUGAGGCGCUCCAGGACUCUUUAACGCCAAAUAGCUGUUCUCACAGGAAGACUGCAAAAAGUAGAGCUUUCUCUGCUGUCCAGUCGAAGGCAUUUUGGGGAGAAUCAGAUGACAGCAAUUCUGAGAUCGAAAUGGCCUUGCGUCCUCAAUCCCACAACACCAGCAGCCAUGACUUUGAUGAUUUCUAUGAUUAACGUUUCUCUUUUGAGAGUUUAAACUGUCGAGUUUUUUUUUUUUUUUUUUUUUUUUCAAUGAGCAGUUAAUAUGUUUGAAAGAGAUGCCUUUAUACGAUCGCAAAACAAACAAAAAUCUUCAGAGAGGAAUGAGUGCGACAUUCCAUGAAAACAAAAAAGAGCCAUCCUCUUUAUUGUGGCCAAAGACUGUGAAGGGUUUUCAAAACAUGUCGGUGUUAACCCUGCUUGAAUCUCUUUAGCUGAACAACACUUGGGCCUGGUUGAAAUAGAUUAAACUUGGUUUUUAAAGUGAUUCCUUUGCACUGUGCUGAAUAUUACGCAUUUUAGAUGCUGCAGGUAUCUGGCGGUGAGUUGGAGUGGAAUGCUCUGAGUCAACUCCUAUGAAAAGCCAGUGCACAAUGGCCACUCUGCAUGCUGCUGAAACACCUUUGAACUCACUCAAGUACCCCUGGCCCAUUUAGGAGGACAAAAUGCGUUGUGCUCAUCUCAAUAUAGAAACAAACGCUCUCUGUAUUUGCGGCGGUAGAAAAGCGAUUUCGUCAGCCGAACGCAACGCAAGCGUCUCCCCGAUCGGCGAUGUGUGCAGUGCAAAGUCCACUUCACAAUUCGUCUGUUUUGCAAGUGUGCACAAAUUUUUAUGCUCUCUGGCUGAUUCUUGGGGGAUUUGAAGCCGCUUUUUAUAUAUUUUGAAUCAUAGGCACAGACGUCUGCGUUACUGUACGAAAUAUGUGACGUGCUCGCCUCAAUUCAUUGUUAUAAUAUGCCCCUCUAAUGGCUAUUUUUAGGCUCCACAUGAUAGUUAAAAUUACAGAUAAUUAUGAUUAGGCAUUGAAAAGAGCACUGAUCAAACACAGCAAUAUCAUUACAGUAAUAACGGUUAUUUUUCCAAAACAGCCAAUCAGCGAUAACGACUGUAACCCUUUUUCUAAUGGACCUGAAAAUAACAUUGCAAACUAAAAUUGCUGUGCACGGAUUUCCAGAACUGUUUCCCAGCCAUCAAUAAUCUGCAUUGCCCGUGACAGGGGAUUGUCAUUUUGUCUGUGACUCCGAGUUCAUUUGGUUUCAUCAUAUUUAACAUGCACACAGGCAUGUUAUCCCGUAAUGAUACAAAACCUGCAUGGUUCUAGCCAUCAGUAUGAUUCCAUUAGUUAGCUUUUAAGUAACUUUAUGAGGCCGAACCUGCUAGAGUAGGACUCCACACUCAUUAGCCAUAAUGGCUGCAGCCAGCCUUGACCCGCACGCGUCGAAACGCGCCUGCAUAAUUUGGAGAUUGCUAAAAAGCUCCCCUCACAUAAUAUCUGUGUUAAGGAUCAUGUCAACAGAUACUUGUGUGAUGGAGGAAGCUCUGUGAGAGAGUUACAUUGUGCCGGCCCGUAACAACACCAUAAACACUUUUUAAAGGAACCGCCUUCCGAGCACUACGGCCCACAGACGUGCCAAUUAAAAAAAAAAAGUCAAACCCGGAGUGCGACUUGCAAAUGAUGUCACAGCAAAGCAGAGAAAAUGUUUCGCUUCAAAUGAGUCCAUGCUGAGAUUUCUUUUGCUAAAACGUGUGUAUGGUGCCACUUUAUAAGCAUGCACGACGGUCUCCCAGCAGGGAAGGUCAUUAAAGCAUUCAGAUUCAGAGACAUUCUCGAUUUAAAUCAUCUGUGUAAUGGCGUAUAGUGCCUGAUUUCAAGGCUCACUUAGGAUGUCCGUUGCUGAAUCUCCAUUCAUUUAGUGAAUAAAAUCAGUCAAAUCUACAUGAUUAAGUCUUUUCUUAUUUUAUUAUGAAAGUCUGGGUUAUUAUCUAGCUAUUAUCAGUGCAUGGUAUGUGUGUCACGCUCUAUAUUUCAAAGCCACCUUUAUACACGUACCAUGCAAAUCUGCUUUCUUUUUUCUGCUAUAUAUAUACGUCACACUUUAGUUUAGGGACCAAUUCUCACUAUUAACUAGUUGCUUAUCAGCAUGCAUAUUACUGGAUGUUUAUUAAUGCUUGUACACUGGUACCCUAAGGUACAAAAGUGAAAAUUACCAAUAUGUACUUUCAGAGUACUAAAAUGUACCUUUAUGGUACUAAUACGUACCGUUUAGUGGUAGGUAAGGCACAGAGAUGUACCUUUUCACUUUUGUACCUUAGGGUACCACCCCAGCGACAGAACUGUACCUUUUUUUCUGAGAGUGUAGUUAUUAGUGAAAACUAAAGUGUGACCAUAAGUAGUUGAAAAUGCUUGUGCUGCCUAAUUAAGUCACUGAUAAACAGAGUUUUUAUAGUCUUUAUUGCCGUUUCAUUUUGUGCAUCCUUGCUGAAUAAAAGUAUCCUUCAAAAAAAUAAUUUCUAUAUACUUAUAAUGCAUAUACAUGUUCAUUAUGUGUUUAAAACAUUAUUUUUAAUUUAGCCUUAAGUGUUAAGAUGAUUUUUGGUCAAGGUCUCAGUUAUUGUGCUCUAAUUAACAUUUUUUCUUCAGUCUACUGUGAACUGUCAGCGUGUUUUACUGGAGACUUUGUUGGCUGUUGAAUCCAAGUCAGAUAAGUGGUUAAAUUGUUCGCGGCAUUGGGCACCUAAGCUAAACUUGUGUUCUGGCGAUGAAUGAUAUGCGGCGAAGGCCAGACAUGUCUGUUUUUGUUUCUGGAACAAUCUCAGACAAUAAAAGAAAGGAAGACCUAGAUGAAAGCAAGUAGGGAAGUUAAACACUCUCAUUAACAAUGAUAUGCCAGCAUUGUGUUAUUUGCAUAUUGCAUGUUUGUGUAAUUUAUUCACGCGUAUUCGACAAGUUGAAGUUUCAAGUGUGUCCCUUCCACUCUCCCCCUAUCCACUUUUAUUUUUAUCAGGGAAUAAUGAUUUAAAACAAGGUCAUUUGAUCUUCUGUUUCAAUAGACCUUAAUGAAAUAUUCAUUUACUCGCCUGUGGUUUCUCUGACAGCGUUUCUGAGGAUGUUCAGCGAAGACACAAAGGCCGUGCUUUUCAUCAUUCAAGCCCACGUUUCACAUUUUGAUUCAUACAGAUAUAGAUAAUUAAACCCUCUUUUACUUGGAAACAUACAGUUUACCUGGUUUUAUCAGUGUCCAAGCAAAAGCCAUUCUAUAAUAUGCAAAUAGGACUUGUGGGUUGGGGGAACGUGGGAUGUGCACAAUAUUAAGUCUUUCUUAGGAUUGUAAAGGCUUAAUUUACUGUAGUGUUUUACGUGAAAAACAGUUCUACAUGAACAAACUUUAGCGCAAUAUAAAUGUCGCCUCAAUGAAAUCACUUUGUUCUUGUGUCUUCGUUGUUUGUUGUGUUGUUGUGUUGUUGUGUUUGCUCAUGAGUUUUCAUUGGCUGUGUGCUGUUGUCACAUGUAGCCACAUGUUCUUGUUAUGUUUUGUGUAAUUUGGCACUGAGGAAGAGCUUUGUCUCGAAAAUGUUUUGCACCUUUGCACAUUUAUUGCACUUUGCACUUAUUUGCACUUAUCUUUAUGACCUCUGAUGAAGCAUUGAAUAAAAGAUUUUUUGAAGAGGUAUAAGCUUGCCAUAGCACCUUAAUUCUUAAUUUUUUGCUGGCUCUAUAAAGCACAUGGCUUUAUUUUUGUUUCUACGUGCCAUGUGCUGCCAUGUCUUUUGCAUAACCCUGCCUGUCUUGUUAUCUGAUUAUUGCUGUAGUUGUUCCACCUGUUCCCCUUAUUACCCUCCUUGUUUGCUUCCCUAUUUAUUCUUCCAGUGUUUUAUGUCCUAUGCUAGUCUGCCGUUGUAUGUUUCCUUGUCACCCUGCAGUUUAGUUUUCCCCCUUGGGGUAGUUUUGUUUAUUUUUGUUUCAUUUAAUUAGUUAAGAAAGCCCAUUGCAAAUUCUGCAUUUGAGUGCUCGCCAUCUUUACUACAAACCUGACAUAUACACAAAUUCUUUCACAGUGCAAGAGACUUGAAAUUAUCCUAAGCUAAAAAGCAUUAAAAAGGAAGACAAUUGUAACAACAGAACAGACUAUACUAUUAAUACUGUAAAUGUUGCUGUAAGUACUUGUGCUAUUGUGUAAUGCAAUAACCCCAUUGCAUACAGCCUGCAGGUUUUAUUGACUAAAUAUUCUUUCUUCAUGACUGAAUUGAUACUCUAGCUGACCUUUUGACCUUUGGGUGAGUUAAUUUGGCAACCUUUGUUCAUCACUUUGCAUACUGUGAAAUGACAACUCCUCUUCCUUUCUUCCUUGAAUGUACAUUGUGACCAGUUGUGGCUAUCUUAUAAGAUAAAACUAGUACCAUAACAAGUACUCGUACCCCUGGUUUCACAGACAAAGCUUAAGCCUAGUUCUAGACUAAAA